UUUUCAUACCCCUCCCGACUCCUGCCCCGCCGCUCCUGUGGCGGGAACAUUCCGGAAGUGACGGCUAGUUCUGCGCAGUCUUCUACAGGAAGGACGUCAACAUCCCAGAAUCCUUGGAGAAGGCGAAGCGGAAUCUGGCGUUUCCGGUGCCGAGCUGUGUGGAACGUCUAGGCAGCGUGGUUUGGUUCAUUUACGGGAAGACGUACACGUUUGUUCUUUGAGGGCCGUGGCCUUGCCGGCCUUUUGUGGCUACAGUUAGCUUUUUCGCCCUAGCAUAAGAGCUAAAGGUGGACCGCACGGCGCCCUGAUCCGGCCUCACCAUGUUGGUGCUGUUUGAAACGUCGGUUGGCUACGCCAUCUUUAAGGUUCUAAAUGAGAAGAAACUUCAGGAGGUUGAUAGUUUGUGGAAAGAAUUUGAAACUCCAGAGAAAGCAAAUAAAAUAGUAAAGCUAAAACAUUUUGAGAAAUUUCAGGAUACAGCAGAAGCAUUAGCAGCAUUCACAGCUCUGAUGGAGGGCAAAAUCAAUAAGCAGUUGAAGAAAGUUCUGAAGAAAAUAGUAAAAGAAGCCCAUGAACCUCUGGCUGUAGCUGAUGCUAAACUAGGAGGGGUCAUAAAGGAAAAGCUGAAUCUCAGUUGUAUCCAUAGUCCUGUUGUUAAUGAGCUUAUGAGAGGAAUCCGAUCGCAAAUGGAUGGAUUAAUCCCUGGAGUAGAACCACGUGAAAUGGCGGCCAUGUGUCUUGGAUUGGCCCACAGCCUGUCUAGAUACAGAUUGAAAUUUAGUGCUGAUAAAGUGGACACAAUGAUUGUCCAGGCAAUUUCCUUGUUGGAUGACUUGGAUAAAGAGCUGAACAACUAUAUUAUGCGGUGUAGGGAGUGGUAUGGCUGGCAUUUCCCUGAACUAGGAAAAAUCAUUUCAGAUAAUUUGACGUACUGCAAAUGUUUACAGAAAGUUGGCGAUAGAAAGAACUAUGCCUCUGCCACACUUUCUGAAUUGCUGCCAGAGGAAGUGGAAGCUGAAGUGAAAGCAGCUGCAGAGAUAUCUAUGGGAACAGAGGUUUCUGAAGAAGAUAUUUGCAACAUUCUGCACCUUUGCACCCAGGUGAUUGAAAUCUCCGAAUAUAGAACACAACUGUACGAAUAUCUACAAAAUCGAAUGAUGGCCAUUGCACCCAAUGUUACAGUCAUGGUUGGGGAAUUAGUUGGAGCACGGCUUAUUGCUCAUGCAGGUUCUCUUUUGAAUUUGGCCAAGCACGCAGCUUCUACAGUUCAGAUUCUUGGAGCAGAAAAGGCUCUGUUUAGGGCUCUCAAGUCUAGACGAGAUACCCCUAAAUAUGGUCUCAUUUAUCAUGCUUCACUAGUAGGCCAGACAAGUCCUAAGCACAAAGGAAAGAUUUCUCGAAUGCUGGCAGCCAAAACUGUUUUGGCUAUCCGUUAUGAUGCUUUUGGUGAAGAUUCCAGUUCUGCAAUGGGGGUUGAGAACAGAGCCAAAUUAGAGGCCAGAUUGAGAACCUUGGAAGACAGAGGGAUAAGAAAAAUAAGUGGAACAGGAAAGGCAUUAGCAAAGACAGAAAAGUAUGAACACAAAAGUGAAGUGAAGACUUACGAUCCCUCUGCUGACUCCACGCUUCCAACCUGUUCUAAAAAACGCAAAAUAGAAGAGGUAGAUAAAGAUGAUGAAAUCCCUGAAAAGAAAGCAAAGAAAUCCAAGAUUAAAGUUAAAGCCGAAGAAGAGGAAGAGGAAGAAGAACAAGAAAAGGUACUUGUAGUAGAAGAGGAAACAUCUAUAAAGAAGAAGAAGAAAAAGGAUAAAAAGAAACAUAUUAAGGAAGAACCACUUUCUGAGGAAGAACCAUGCACUAGCACAGCAAUUCCUAGUCCAGAGAAAAAGAAGAAAAAGAAAAAAAAGAGAGACAAUGAGGACUAAUAGAAGGACACCAUAAUUGUCUGUCACCUGGACACGUCAUGCUUAAGAUCCAGUUGGGAUAUCCCAGAAGUGCCCUGUCAAGGACAGGUUGAGAGAAACAGUGACUGGUCAUCUAUAGCUUUUCAAACCUUUUUUGUGUCUUGACAUUCACCUCUCAACCUUAUUAGGUCAUCAUUUCUUAAGGUCUUUGAUAUACAAAUAAAAGUAUUUUCUUUAUAUUUUGAGGCAAUUCUGUGAUCUCUUUACAUUUUAAGUAGAGACUCUUUACCCUUUCUAUAUUUUGUUCACCAUCUGAUGGUUAUUCUUUUUUAUAGUUAUUACUAGAAAGUGAGUUGUUAAUAGUUAAUUUGGAACUUUAGCCUUUUGGAAGGCAGUGAUUAAUUAGAUGGACCAAUUUAAGAAAACUUACUGUGUUUCUCUUUAUUUUUUUGGAAAAUUUUCCUUUUGUCUUUUUCUGCCUCUGUAUUUAAAUAAAGAUUUGUUCGAUUUUUAAAGAUUUUGGUAUCUUUCAAAAAGGAAGAAGACCUGUAUAUUAUUUUAUUCACUAUUCUAAAAAUGUGUGACAUAAUCUUAAUUUAGAUCCUUAUUAACUUGUUUUUUGUGUUUUUGUUUUUUUUUUUUUUUUUUUUUAAUUUAUGGUGCCGGAGAUUGAACCGGGGCCCUGUACUCUGCCACUGAUCUACAACCCCAGUUGUAGAAAUAAAACCAUCUAUUGUAAUUGUAUUCUAAAUUCCAUUUCCCAGAUUUACUACAGAAAAAUGAGUUUGCUCUAAAGGUGGAAAAGAAUAUAAUUUGCUACAGUCUGGCAUUUUUUGUAUUUUUAGGGUUCACUCUUUGUCCCAAUUUUGUUUUCAAAAGAA